AAGCAAAGUAAGUAGUCUAGAUCAUUCAGUUGUGUUAAGAAAUCAUAUACAAGUGUUCUAUUCCGAUGCUAGACUCCAAACCUCAGCUCAAAAGUACCAUAUGCAUCGGUUUGUUUAGUGUUUUGCCAUUUAUAUUUCUUUAUUCGCUGCUAAGAAUUAUUCCGAAUGAGCUUUCUUCUUGCCAUAUUUGGUUAAUGCGUAGGGUUUAGGCACUAUCAGUAAUGUUUUUAUAGGCAAAAAGAAAACUAAAAGUUGUUUGUAACGUGUGAUUUGACGAAAUUUUAUGGGUUUCUAGCAAAUCAUAGGAAGCGAAGCAUUAACUCAGAAAGCAUUCACCUGUUAAUAAGGCUGUAUGUUUACGUUUGGAUUUUUUCAUCCUUUCCUUGUUACCUAGAUUCUUUUGGCCUCUGUCAUAAACCAUUUGUGUUCCGUAGCUGUGGAAUUGUCUUGAUUCUAAAGUAUGAUAUUCAUAUAUUUUAGUCUAGUUUGGCUCGUUAUGGUGCUUACAAAACAUACUCAAAUGCCCUGUUCUGAUCCUAUGUCCUGCCGUGGCUCUUUCAGUUUUGGCUAUGUCGGUUAUAGACAGAAAGUUGAAAAAUAGUGAUAGGCCCAUGCGUUAGGUUAUUAAAGAUUAUUUCCUGUUAGGGUUUUGACGUGGGUUUUACUGGCUUUCUAAAGAUCAAGUUCGAGUGUUUUCUUGUGAUUGCAACUGGUUGUCCUCUUUCUGCCUCCUAUUUUUUCAUGUGGUCAACUUUAUGGCUUGUCACUUCAUUCGGGAAUGCACCUCUGUUAUCGUUUGUUGGGCAUCCUUUCGACAAUACAGAGUUACAGAUACAUGAGCUCGAAUCUCUGAGUCAGCACCUGGAGGAAGAGGAACCUGAAAGUGUGUUUGAAAUUUCUCGCAGGAAACAGAAAGAAAACCGGAAUGAGUUGGGCAACUUCAGUAGCAGCCGCAGGCAGCUUCUGUUCAAGAAGCUGUUUCCACAAAGCUCCCUGGGGCAACAAGCUUGGAGAAGGAAGAUUCUUCUCGCUCCAUCAUACAUAUACCAAAAGGGUACAGAAGAGGGUUGAUGUGUUGAUGGAAUUUUACCUCAAGAACCCAACUGCUACUCGGAGACUCAUGUAAAUGGUUAGGCCCAACCAUAGUCCCACGAAUCC